AUAUAUACAGCGAAGUAGAGUACGGGCUAUCAGUUUUCUUGUAAGUCCUGUACGGGUAACACAUUCUAACAGAAAAUGGCGAAAAUUAUUGUGUUGAUAGCGUUGGUGUGUCUUGCGGGGAUUUCGGAAGCAUCGCCGAAUUUCGGCUUCUCAAUGACCUUUGCACCAUCGAGUGCAAUUACCUCCGGUGUCAGUACUUUUGUUUCUGCGUUGAAUUCUCUAAGUUCAGCCUUAAGCAGUCUACCAACGACCAAUGCUAACACCAAUGCAAACGUCACCCUUAUUUCCACUAAUCUUGCGAAUUUAGUGAAAAAUUUGGUCGUAUUUGGUAACUACGUCAAAGGAAAUAUUACAGUGGCUCUGGCGGAUACAAAAACUGAUAUCGAUACACUGUUUACGAAUAUAUACAACUCCUUCGAUGCUCUUAACACUUUUCUGAGCGUCGAUGGUAAUACCUACAUUACCACGAUUUCCGCUGUGCUAACGACUAGUCCCGCGCUCAAUCAAGUGAUCGAUCAAGUUACGAGUCUCCAAACUACAUUGAGUUCAAUAGUCACACAAUUCAACAACGUCCAGUUGGCAAUAACCAACGCUCAAACUAUAGCUUUAAACACAGGCGUCCCAUUUAAUGCUGCAGUUGCGAACGCUCUGGUGGUAGCAUCAUUAGGGACCAGUAUUAGUGGAAAUUUCACCAUCAUCCAAAAACAGAUAGCCAACAUAACCACCAACGUGAAGGGACUUGGUACGGCUGCUGCAUCGGCCAAUUCCUACAUAGCAACGGUUAACUCGAGUCUAAGCACCAGCGGAAAAACAGUCAAUACCUCUCUCAGCGCAUUCCAAAAGGUACAAACAACACUGAACACCACUGCCAUCACUUAUUCGUCUACCACCAUAAAAACAGUCGCCAGUGAUUUGAAAUCGGUAUCAUCGAAACUGGCGAUCUACGUAAAGGAUGCUACUCUAAGCGCCUUGGUCGCCACUUUCAAUUCCACUAUUGCACCCGCAAUCAAUUCUACAAUAGCCGGACUCCUUUCCGGUGCAGUUGAUGUAACCAACGCAGGCUUACAACUACUUUACACACAAACACAGACUGUAAUACAAAAUGCCUCUUCGUACUACACCAGCACGGCUUACGUCGUAUCAAUGAGCUUGGCGUCGCAAAUCAUGGCAUUGGGAACAACGGGACCGGCAUGUGGUUCGAAGUACUCCAGUGCCAUCACCAGUGCGCUAUCCACGGCAGUAAGCGGUCUCACGGCCUGUCUAACCGCUGAACAAACCAAAGCGGCGGCAAAUAUGGACAUCACUGUCCGACUAGGGCAGUUGGCUCUCAGUAGUCAUCUGGCGGUAACCAGUCUGAUUGCAUCCUGUGGAUCGUACUCCAACUUUGCAAAGGACACCGUUGUGUACGGUCAAGCGCUCUCCUGUCUGUCAACGAUGAUCACCAGUGCUGAUGCUAUCAACACUUUGUACUCCACAAUCGUUCAGCCAGAAUUUGAUCAAGGUUCUGCGUUCAUAGCCUUGGAAGCUGACAUGGCCAACACUCGCCUCAGCACCUGCAUUAACCUCAAGAGCAGUAUUUUCCAGGCUCAAAUCGCCUCAAUAUCGGCUGGAAUUGCUGCUUGUACCUAAGGCACUAUAAUUUGAGAUACGAAUAUUUGUAGUCUCUAUAAAUCUUCUAUGUAAUAAAAACCACUCAUCGGAAACAAUA